GGAAGUACAACGUUCCUUUCCCGAUACUCCGCGCCACCAUCAUCCGCCAACUCCGUUCCUCUCCAAUGGCCGAGCACCGACCUUGUUGACCGAAAAGAGAAGGUGGCUACUACUGUUGAUGGAGGGCAUGGUUUCUGAUGCUUCAAGAGAACAGUCUGCAUGUGAUGAUGAACACCAUGGAAAUGCAUGAUGCUUAGAUAGAUCACGGGGGUAAAAACCGUAUUGCCAAAUGGAGAGAUGGCAAUAUCACCACGUGAAUGUAUGUAUACAUACACACAGCAACGAAGUAUUCGUACGAUUCUCAAGCACGAAGAUGGCGACCACCACGUCAGCUACUCAGAAGCUCCUUAGCAUCGGCACUAAGAUAGUCGCCGUCGGGCGCAACUAUGUCGCUCACGCCAAAGAGCUCGGCAACGCCGUCCCUAAGGAGCCAGUGCUGUUUCUGAAGCCGACAAGUUCGUAUUUGGAAAAUGGAGGAACGAUCGAGGUGCCGCAUCCUCUGGAAUCGCUGCAUCAUGAGGUGGAGCUGGCGGUGGUGAUCGGCAAAAAAGCUAGGGAUGUACCCGAGGCCACUGCUAUGGACUAUGUCGGAGGUUAUGCUCUUGCGUUGGAUAUGACUGCAAGGGAGAUCCAAUCUGCUGCAAAGUCUGCAGGUUUGCCAUGGACUGUAGCUAAAGGCCAAGACACCUUCACUCCAAUCAGUGCUGUUAUUCCAGCAUCAAUGGUGCCAGAUCCCCAUGAUAUUGAAUUGUGGUUGAAGGUUGAUGGAGAAAUUCGACAAAAAGGCUCUACACGGGAUAUGAUAUUCAAGAUCCCAUAUUUGAUUAGCUACAUAAGUUCUAUUAUGACACUACUUGAGGGUGAUGUCAUUUUAACUGGAACUCCUGAAGGUGUUGGCCCAGUGAAGGUAGGACAAAAGAUAGAAGCUGGAAUAACAGGUAUCCUGGAUGUGCAUUUUGAUGUUGGAAGGCGCCAGAUUGCUAAACCAUGAUAUUUUCAAUGUACUAUUAUACUGUAAACUGACCCAGACCUGACGGUGUACCAUCUUACAUUUCAUUGUGAGAAAUAAAAUUGUAAAACAGAAACAUUUUAUUCAUAUGAAAAGUUUGAACUUCAGGAUCAUCA